UAAUGUUGAUUGUUGUUAAUACUUAAUAUCUCCCUCGUUCUCUUUCUCGCUCUCGCAACUCGCAACUCGCAACCUAAUAACAAACAAUCAUUGAAGUUAGAAAUCGAAAUUGAUUUGGGAAACCCCACACCACUCUACAACCGCACCGGCAACAGAAAUGUGGAAACGCGCAACCGCUUCCGUGAAGUCAUCCCUACUCUCCUCCCUUCACAAUCACAUUCAGGUUAAGGAACCCAGCGCUACUCAUUGCCAUAGAUUUACCUCCGGAUUCCCUAUGCAGGAAAAGACUGGGAUCUUCCCCCAACAUAUAGCUCCGAUCAUAACUUUUGUUUUAGGGGGGCCUGGUAGUGGUAAAGGUACGCAAUGCGAAAAAAUUGUUGAAACUUUUGGAUUUAAGCAUCUCAGUGCUGGAGAUCUUUUGAGAAAGGAGGUGCUUUCUGAUACUGAAUACGGCUCCAUGAUUCUCAGUACAAUUAGUGAAGGAAGAAUUGUUCCAUCACAAGUGACAGUCAAAUUGAUUCUAAGAGAGAUGGAAUCGAGUGACAAUCAUAAGUUUCUUAUUGAUGGUUUCCCUCGAAGCGAGGAGAACCGCAUAGCUUUCGAAAAAAUUAUUGGAUCAGAGCCGGAUAUAGUACUUUUCUUUGAUUGUCCUGAAGAAGAGAUGGUGAAACGGGUGCUGAGCCGUAAUCAGGGUCGAAUUGAUGACAAUAUAGAUACAAUGAAGAAACGUCUAAAAAUAUUUGAGGCUUUAAAUCUUCCUGUGGUUGAUUAUUAUGCAAAAAAAGGGAAACUUCGCAGGAUCAAAGCAGUGGGAACAGUCGAUGAAAUAUUUGAGCAAGUUCGGCCAGUUUUUGAGGCACUAGCUCAACCCCAAGUGAAAGCUGUUUGAAUGGAUUGCGAGCAUUGUAAAGUUGAGUGAAGUUUUGAUUUAGUGGAGACCGGUAUUUUCCGGUUUGCUUACCAUAUCUGAUGCUAGUUCCUGUUUGACUUGCUUUGGGAUUUGCUAGGUCUCUAAAACUCAUACACUGAAGUAUUUCAAAGUUAUAUUUACAUGUCCACCAUUCACUGGAGAUAGCUCCUGUUGCCUGUGUUAUCUUUCCUCCUUGUGAUGUCCCUGACGUGAAAUAAGCAGCUUAUGCAAGCUCCUCAGGGAAUGGCCCGAAUGUGGACUUAAACUGUCUCUAACAGCAGAGGAACCGCCUAUAAUUUGCAGAAUACAAUAUAUGAUCAUAAGAUGUUUUUGUACUUUUAUUUUACAAUAAAUUGAGUUCUCUUUGUCCCUCCAACUUUUAGAGGUGUAGGACUACACUGACUUCCAUUAUCUGCGACCAAGGACUUCUAUUAGACAGUUUUAAGCUUUAUUAGAUACUACACUGACUUCUAUGGAAGAGUUGAACAGAUUUUUGAGGUA